AUGUCGGCCAUGGACAACAUGAACAUGUUCAACGCGUCGGCCUACGGGUCGGCGGACGACGCCUUCCGGGCGGCCCAGGAGCAGUUCCGCGGCGGGAACAGCGUCAAGCCCGGCGGCUUCCGCGGCGACUCGAACUACGCCCGCGGCGGCGGCGGCGACUUCUACGGCCACGGCGGCGGCGGCGGGACCCAGGUCCCGGGCUUCAGCGACGACGCCGUCGCGCGCGAGGCGACGCGCGAGGCGAACAACAACCCCAUCUUCAAGAAGGAGCGCCACCCCAUCGACAGCCACGACUCGCUCUACGGCGUGAGCGACCGGUCGCCGCUCGAGGCGGACCCGCGCGACUACGAGAGCGACGACGAGGAGCUGCCCAUCAUCGAGGAGAUCGACGAGUACGACGCGCCGACGCGGGGCCGCGGGUCCAACCAGCUCGCGCGGGGCCGCGGCGGGAGCCCGCCGCCGGGCGAGCGCGGCGGCCGGUCGGGCAGCCCGCCGCCGGGCGAGCGCGACCUCGACGCGGAGCUCAACGACCUCGUGGUGAGGGAGGCCGAGGAGCUCGAGCCGGAGUACAACGCGGAGCUCGAGGGCUUCGAGCGCUACAGCGACGCGACGGGCCUCUACAGCGGCGACAAGCAGGAGCCGCGGAUCCCGAAGCAUCUGGAGCUCAAGCUCUGGGACCUCGCGGAGACGGAGGACCAGAAGAAGGCGGGCGUCGGCCUCUUCAAGGCCUGCGAGUGCGACAUGGACGACUUCCAGGACGUCUACAGCGCCAUGGUCGCGCCGGAGCA